AUGGGGGUGUCUUCUAUGGUGCCCUUGGUUGGGCCAAACGUCACUAUCAACUCCAUCGACUCCUAUCAAAUCAACCUUACCGUCAUAGGGACCUCCUGUGAUAAGUACCCAGCUAAACAACAUGCGCGCAAUGUAGCUCGCAAACUCGGCAUCUCCCAUGGCCUGAUCUUCUUGGCUGGCCAACCCAAUAUUCUCCUCCGUGACUCGGAUCAAGAGCGUCCCUUCCGACAACGGCGAUACUUUUACUACCUGAGUGGUGUCGAGGAGCCCGAUUGCGCCUUAACAUACGAUAUCAGCUUGGACCGUCUGACGCUCUUCGUACCUGAUUUUGAUCUCCACCGCGCGAUUUGGAUGGGCCCGACCCUCGAUAGAGACAAUGCGCAAGAUCGAUAUGACGUAGAUCGUGUGUUAUACAAAUCCUCCCUGCGACCGGAGCUGGAGGCAUGGCUCAGUACCCGAGUACAGAACAGCUUGCUAUAUAUGGUUCAUGAAUCGGAGCUUCCAGAGGGACUACCGACGGAGCUACCACUGGACUCAAUUCAGCUUAUGCCUGCUAUGAAUGCUGCUCGUGGCGUGAAAGAUGAAUAUGAGAUCCGAAUGAUUCGCGAGGCGAAUAGAGUGUCCACGCUCGCCCACCGGAAGGUUCUUGAAGGAAUUCAAAAGAUGACCAAUGAAUCUCAAAUUGAGGGAAUCUUCCUCGAUACUUGUAUCUCCAAUGGUGCACGAAACCAAUCAUAUGGUAUCAUUGCUGCGUCGGGACCUAACGCUGCGGUUCUGCAUUAUGGAAAGAAUAACGAGUCUCUUGCCGGAAAGCCAUUGGUAUGUCUCGACGCCGGUGCUGAGUGGAAUUGUUACUCUAGCGACGUCACGCGAACAUUCCCGCUUAAGGGUGAAUGGCCCAGCAAGUACGUCUCGGAUAUUUACAAGCUCGUAGAGCGCAUGCAGGAAGAGUGUAUCAAGGGAAUUCGAGUAGGUGUUCGAUUUCUCUCGCUGCAUAAUCUUGCGCACGACAUUGCCAUUGAGGGUUUAAUCAAGCUCGGUGUUUUGAAAGGCGGUUCACAUGCUGAGAUUCGCGCAUCAGGUGUGAACAAGACUUUCUUCCCUCAUGGACUGGGUCACCAUGUCGGACUUGAGGUCCACGAUGUCUCUGAAAGAGAGAUCACAGCCAUGAGCAAUGAGCUCGAUAAGUCUCGAUAUGGUCCAGUUGUGAAUAUCGCUGUCUGUCGCGCCCCCUGCACACUGUCUGCUCCAUUGCUAGAAGCAGGCAUGGUGGUCACUAUCGAGCCGGGUCUGUACUUUUCACCUUUGGCUCUUUCAAAUGCUCGCAAGCAACCUUUUGCCAAGUAUAUUAAUUUUGAAGUUGCGGCGCAGUACGUGCACAUUGGUGGUGUGCGUAUUGAGGAUGACAUUCUUGUCACUGCUAGCGGUUAUGAGAACCUCACCACCGCACCUAAGGGUGAUGAAAUGCUCGCUAUUAUUCGGGACUCUGUAUAG